AUGUUGGAAACUAUACUACAGAGACUGCUUGGAAGGUAUUUGGAACCAUAUGUAUAUAACUUGAGUCGUGAGAAUUUAAGACUUGGAGUAUUAUCAGGGAAUUUGGUAUUGGAGAAUUUAAAACUGAAAGAAAAUCUUGGUGAUAUUUUACAUCUUCCAUUAUCAAUAGUUUCUGGUCAAAUUGGUCAUGUUUCUAUUACUAUACCUUGGACUUCCUUAGGUUACAAGCCUUUGGUAAUAAAGCUCAAAGAAAUACAUGUUGUAGUAAGACCAAAAGAUUAUGGUGAUGUAGAUGAGGAGACUUUAAGAAAGGAACUCAGAGAAGCAAAAGAAAAGUUGAUUCAAUUUAAAGAGAAGCGUUUAAACGAGCGUUUUUUGAAUGGAGAGUUAUCCAAUUCGAGCAAUAAUCCAAAUGAAGUUCCGAAAAGUACUGGGAAUCUACCUAAGGAGCACGGAAAAGAGCUUAAUAAUGGUACUAAUAAUAAUAGUGGUAAGGAUUCUCAAUCUUUAGCAGGAGGUUCAGAAGACACAAAUAAUUCAGCAAAUGGGACCAAUUUACUUUGGAGAAUAAUUAAGAAGAUAGUUGCAAAUAUUCAAUUGGAGAUUCAAGAUAUCCACGUUUGUAUGGUAGGGUUUCAGUCAAAUGAUGAGAAGCUUGUUAUAAACCACUCAAGAAGUACAAGAAGUGAUAUCAUUAUGGGAGUUAUGAUUAAGUCAGGUUUUGUAGUAACAGCAGAUUCUUUUGGUAAUCGGAAUACAAAUUCCCAGAGCUCUGGGAACCAGAAAUUGGAUGAUCCAAACGCUCUCUACAAAAUCAUUGAGAUUAAUGAAGUUGGUAUUUAUAUUGGUCAGUACUUUCCAAACUCUUUCAACUUUAAUUCCAGGAGAGGAAGAGGGUUGAAAGAGUUGGAUUCUCAAUUUAGUGCUGGACAUCAUCAUCACUCUCGUAGUCAUACUCAUAGUCAUAGUCCUAAUCAUAGUCCUAAUCAUGGCCUUAUUCAUAGCCCUACUCAUAGCCCUACUCAUAGCCCUACUCGUAACUCUACUCAUAGUCCUACUCGUAAUUAUGGUAAAGGCCAGGUGAAAAAUGAAAAACCAAGCUAUGAAAUGGUGAACAUAGUGAACGUGAGAAAUAAAUUACUUGAGACUUAUCAAGAGAAAAAUUUAAAUGACAAAAGUACAAUUAAAGCCUUAGAAUCAAAGUAUUUGUUAAUAUAUGAUGAUAAUGAUUCCCAAAAGAGCUUAGGAGCCUGGAGACUUGAGUAUAUUUUGAAGCCCUUAACGUUUCACCUGAAUAUUUCUCAUUCACCAGUAAAUAACGAACUUAAAGGAAUACUUCAGGUACAUAGUAUAACUGAGCAUACAAUCAUUUUAAGAAGAAGCCAUCUAAGACCAAUCAUUUUUAGUUUACAAAGUUUAAAUGAGAGACAAGAAAGGUAUCGUGAAAUUUUAAUGAAAAAUUCUCAUCUUGUGAAUUUAGAUCCAGUUUCUCUCAAAACAACAACUCAAGAUGAGUACAUUUCCUUGUACUCAAGAAAGUUAAGAUUAGAGGCUAUUAGGCUAUACAAUAAUGAAGGUAACGAAGCCAAUUUCUUUGGAGUUGUAGUUCAACCUCUAAAUGAAGAGGAACUAUCUAGACUACAAAUUCUUGAUGAUGUAUUAAGUGUUAGGCAUAUAACUAAAUGGAGAUGCAAAGCAAAAGAAGCUAUUAACAGGAUUAUUAUUGAGGCAUCUUCUAGAAAGAAGUUAAGAAAUAUCUCCUCUGAUGCAAAAUCACUUCAAAUGGAAAACGGAAAUUUGAUAGUUAAUAGUGCCUCUGGAAUAUCUAAGACAGACAGAGAAGGAACUCAUGGAAAUAACUUAAUUAUUGGAGCCAGAAAUAACUCUGAAAGUAUUGGUAACAACACAUCCUGGACACAAUGGGCAAUUGGAAAGAUUAUCGGAACAGGAACAAAAGGUGGUGAUAAUAAUGCUUAUAAGGAUUCUGCUAUGGGAAGAGAUAUAUCUUCCUCCCCGAGUUAUAUGAUGCAUCAAAGAGGUAUAUAUUCUGAAGGUGAUUUUACUGUAUCUUCUAAUAAUGGACUGAUCACAGAAGAAGAAAUGGAUGUAAUAAUGACAGCUGUUACAAAUGAAAAGUAUUUUGAGAAAAUUGAAACUCCUACCAAAUUUUCAAUCACUUUUGGAUUGGCAUAUUUUGGUAUAACAGUCUUUGAUGAUGUUACUAAGCCAAUACUUGGUGAUAUUAAGUCGGAUUUAUCCACUAAUUUCUACAAUCAAAUGAAUAUUAAUGAUAUUAAUACAAAUAGAAACAUUAAUAUAAAGUUUAUGGAAUCUAUUCCUAACCCUUCUAUAGAAUCAGCAUAUCUAUCUUUAAAGCUUCACGAAUUAUAUAUACAAUUUAACAUACAUUCAGUGAUUGAUAGGAAUGACAAAGAUUGUUAUGAUUGGAAUUUUUCUACUUACAUUAAUAAUUUGUCUCUUUAUCAUUUUAAAAAAAGAAUUCUUUUUUUCAAUAACAAUCAUGGAAGUGAUAUAAUUAGUGAAAAAAAAGCUAAAGACAAUGAAAAAGCGACCAAUAAUAUGGAGAGUGGAAGAGGAGAAAUUAAGACUCCUUCUAUUUAUAAUUUAGGGUCAAUAUUACGUACUAUUUCAGGAAUUGAUUCAAAGAACUCAGGAACUAAUGAAAAAGAUGGGAAAAGUUGUAAUUAUAUUGAAAAUAAUCAAUUGAAUAGUUCAUCUUCAAUAUUUAUCUACUUUACCCACAAUGUAAGCCAUGAAGGAAAUUCUCUAAAGUUUGUGUUGAAAGUUAGUCCUUUAGAGAUCUUCAUUACACCACACUUUGUUUCUGAUAUUUAUUCUUUGAUCUAUUUAUAUAAUUCUGUAAUCAUUAUUCCAGAAAAGAUUCAAAAAGAAAAAGAAGAUAUUUUGAAUUCAGACUCUAGAUUUUGUGACCAAAGAUAUUCAAAGAAUAUUCAUGGUAAAGAGAAAAACUUUUAUCAAAUUAAUAAAGAAAUAGUUAUUGGGAAUCAAAAUCAAAUUGAAGAUUCUGAUGAAUUUGUUGAGAAUCUUCUUGAGAAGAGUCAUAAUGUAAGAUACUUAUCAUCAAAUAAUUCUUUUCCCGAUUAUAUACAUUUUGAUAUAGAAAUAUCUUCUCCAAUAUUUCACAUAAUUUCUAGUGACUUUGAAGACCAAGCAAAUUCUCUUUCUUCUAUUCAGAUAUUUCUUGGAAACUGUUUUAUUAAUACAAGAACCAUAUGUGAGCUUAAUAAGUUGGAUAUUUCAGUGGAAUUUUCAAAUACUCAAAUUAAGUACCUUAAUUACUUGAAGAAGAAUUUAAAGGUAGAUAGUCAUGAUCUAGAGAAAUUAAAACCUAAUAUAUUAAAUUUGAGCCCAGAUAAUUCUCAUAUUAAUGAAUUAAAAGAAGAUUCUGAAUCUAUUAUUGAUGGUUUUAAAUUGAAUAAAGAGUUUACAAUUCUUCAUCCUAUUCCAGUUUUACUUAACACAAUCAUUUACAAUCAGAAGAAAGAGGAGAUCAGUUCUGAAAAAGACAAUCUUUCAAUCAUUAUAAAAUGCAACUUACAACAGUUUAUUUUGACUAUAAAUGACGAUACAAUCAAGUAUAUGAUGCAUAUCCCUCUAUCUUUUUAUAAUUCAUUGUCUUUGCCUAUGUUAAUGGGCUACUAUUAUCUUCCACCUGAUACCUUAUAUACAAGAAAGUUCUCAAGAUCUAAGCAUAGUGAUCAUUUAACUGGAGACCAAUCAAGACAAUCUUUUAAGAAAUUAAAAAUAUUAGAUAAUAAUUCAGACUUUUCAAAUAGAAAAGAUUUACCUAAAUCACCAAAGCCAGAUGUUUUAGUUAAGAACGAUCAAAAUAAUCAUAUUCAAGGAAUGGAGGAAAAUCCUAAAGAAGUUCAGUCAAAAAUAGCUAAGAACGUGCUUCUUUUGAUGAAUAAAACAAUGAAAAUUGAAUGCUUUAUCAAAUCUGACAUAUUUAGCUUUACAAUUCUUUCAAAUGAUAAAGAAACUGAUCUAGUACAGGGAUCUAUUAAGGGUAUCUCAAGUUACUUAUCUUUUGACUCUACAGAUUCAAUUUAUCAAGGAAAGAUCAAUCUAUACAGAGCUUUGCUGUAUUCUUCAUACACUAGGAAACCAUUUCUACUUACAGUUUCUGAAUAUGAUCCAGUAAUCUCAGAUAUUUCUGAGAUAUACAAGAACUUGGACAAAAAAUCCCUAGUUACUAUGAAUCAUUCUGAAAAGAUCCAGAACCUGACUCAGACUCAAAGCCUAACUCAAACCCAAAAUUCCAGGAAUUCUGAACAUAACAAUUGUUUGGAGCAGUCAUCAUUUGAUAAUGACAAUGCUUUUGAAGAUGCAAUUGAAGAUUAUGAUAGUACUCUUGAAAUCUUCUUUACUUUAAAUGGGAAUAACAUUGAUGAAGAUUUACUAGAAGUUUCAAUAGUAUCCUCUCCAAUAGAGUUUUAUUGGGAUAAGCCUACAAUACUAAGCUUAAUAGACUGUGUAAAGUCUUACCAAAAAGAAGUUUCAGAAAUUGCUCAAUUUCACUUAAAAACUAUGGACAAGAUUUACUAUUUGAAUAAGUUCUACUAUACUUGCAUAGAAGCAGGAUUGGUGAAUGAUAAUGAAAUUACUUCAAUUUAUGGUAAUACAUUUAGACUUUGUGAUCUUGAUUACUAUGGGAAAUUACAAUUUAUGAUAAAUAUGAGAGAAUUUUUAAUUCAGUCAGGCAUAAAUAAUGAAGAAUUUAAUAAAUUUGAUAAAGAGGAUUCAUAUCCUCAAAGUUUACUAGAUGAGUUCCAAAUUAAUGGAAGACUCUUUGGAGAACAAGAAUUAAAAAAGGAGUUAAGAUUCAUAUUAGCUAACUUGGAUAACCAAAAUAGCUGGAUUCAUUGUAUGAUUCUAAUGCCCCCAAGAUUUAGUUUUUUACAUAUUCAAAGAGUUUACCUGUUUUUGCAUGAUUUAUAUUUUUUAUCACAUAAUUCCAAUAAUAGCAAAGAAAGUGGUUUAGAUUCCAUAAUGUGUAACUCCUAUUUAAGUCCAACAUUAAGCAGAAUUUCCUUAAAUAAGAAUAGAAAAUCCUUUGCAUCUGGUUCAAACACUAAUACAGAUUUCUCUGAGGAUGCUUCAAUGGAAUAUCAUCUUUCUCGUGAUCAAGAUAAGGAUAGUGAUCAUAAAUGUAAUGGUGAUUUUAAAAUGAAUAAAAAUUCUUCUUUUGAUCCUUCUUCGGAGUACCUAAACAAUGAUUACGAGUAUUACUAUCAAGAUUGGAUGUUCUCUGGUCUAUUUGAUCCAGACUUAGAUGAAUCUAAUUUCAAUAUUGAAAGUGACAAAGUUGGGUUACCAGAAUUCUCUUUUAAUAUUGACACAUCAAAAAAGAAGGGAUACCAAAAUAAAGAUGAUAAGUCUAUAAUAACUAAUUCUUAUAAAAAAAGUCCAAAAAUUAGAAUAACUCAUAUUAUUAAAGGUGGAUCUUUAUCUAUGAUCAAAGAUGAGAAAAUUUACAUUACGGCAGGAGUUAAUAAUAUCUGUAUUUGUAUGGAUACAUUUAGUACUGGAGACAAAAUGAUAAAGAUCUCAGUGAAUAACUGUUCACUUACUAUCAAUAAUAAAUGUAUCUUAACUAGACACUUCAAUCCUGAUUCAGAAGACUCAAAUGAAAGUAAUCCACUCUUACUUAUGUAUAUUAAUUUGUACAAUAAUUUAAAGAACAGUUCUAAUAAUAAUUAUAAUAAUAAAAAUUAUAAUUUUGAUACUAAAAAUAAUAGCAAUACUGAGGAUGAAAACUAUAUUGAAGAUUACAAAGUCAAUGAUUUUCAAGAUGAAUACAAAGAUGAGCUUAAUAUAGCCUUAAAAUGUUAUAUGGAUUCCAUAUGUUACAUAUUAUAUUCUAAAGAUGUUCUGGAAUUUGUAGAAUAUAUUAAUGAUGGUAUUUUGGAUACUCUUAUUAGUAAAUCUUACAAGGUUGCAAAAGAUAUGACAGCAAAAAAAGUCUUCUUAUAUUACUUAUCCAUUAAUAAUUCAGUAAUAAAGCUGCCAGAAAACCAUCCAAUUUCUCAUGAUUUGCAAAGUUUCAAUCAAAAAGAUGAAUUUCAAGACAAUUUUGAUAUUAUUGAAAGUUAUGUGAAUCCAAUGGAUGUAUUUGAUGAAACUUUAAAAAGAUACAAAGAUACUUUACAGGAUCUUUUACAUGAAAUGUACAUAGAUUCUAAGAGACGAGUUAUUGAGACAGAAGAUCUAAAAAAUGAUCAUAUUAUUAAUGAUUCAAUUAAAAAAAAUAUAAAAGAUUUGAAUUCAAAAUAUUCAAGUAUAGAUAAUACAGAAAUUUCAAACUAUAUAUUAUCUAGAGUUAAUAAUAGAGAAUCUUUGUUUUUAUUAGAGAAGUCUAUCUCAGACUACCCAAGAUUCAAGACUAUAUUGUAUGAUGUGGAAUUAUUUGAUGAUACCCAGUCUUAUUGUGAGAUUACUACAAGAAAUAUUAAGGUAUAUAAUAAAUUAGUAGAUAACUCCAAUUUAAUUCAACAAUUUUACAAUAUUCAAGAGGAAAAGAAUAAGAAUAAUAAAGAAAGAUUAUUCUUUGAAUCUUCAAAUGAGAGGAUUUGGACUACUAUAUUGAUAAUUAAUCAGGGUAUUUUGGACAUUUUUGAAAAGGAAGGAGGAUCUGAAGCUAUUCAAGGAAGAGUUUUACCAGAUUUGAAUGCUUUAGUUGAAUUUGGUUCUACUAAGAGUUUUCCAGAUAUGAGUAUUGGAAGAAUACUUUGUGAUUUAAAGAAUUUGGAUUAUUCAAAUCAAUUUAGUAAAGAGAUCUCUUUAUUAAGUGUGAGCAUGUCUCCUUUAGAACUAAGCCUAUCUCGUCAACAACUUACUUUUAUUCUUAAUGUAAUAUCAGAGAAUCUUCUCAAUCAAAAGGAUCAAAAAAGAGCUUCAUUUACUCAGGUUUUGAAUUCCGGUAGUAAUUUGAAAAUGCCUAAUUUAGAAACAAUUCAAAAUUGUGAUGAGAAAGAAGAAAUUACUUUAAUUGGAGAAGAAAGAUCAAACAUAAAAAGAAAUAACAAAAGAAACAUACUAAUUAAUGUUAGAUUACCCAAACUGUCUUUGGAAACUUCGUUUUCUCAUGCAAGCUAUUCAAAAGAAGGCCUAGAAAGUACUUCUCUUCCAUUAUUGUUGGUGAAACUAAUAGAUUGUGAAAUUAGAUCAAGAUUAUUACACUUUGGAGAAAAUGAUGACUUUACAAGUAUUACAAUAACUUCCAAAAAGUAUCAAUUUGAUGAUAUUCGUUUAACAAGCAACUUAAGAUUUAGAAGAAUAAUCCACGGAUUUACAUUAGGAGAUGUAUUAUGUAAUGAAACUUUAAAAUUAAAUGAUAAAAAUGCCAAUAAUACAAAUAUAUAUAAUAAUUCAAUAAAAGAUACUCUCAAUAUGGUUAAUCAAAAGCUUAAUCAAGAAAAGUGUUCAAUACAAUUCAUCUGUCAGAUUUCCAAUAAAUAUGGUAGUCAUAUUUUACUCAAAGCUUUCAAUCCCAGAGUCUUUUUUGGCUUUAACUGCAUUAUCGACUUUUACUAUUACUUAUCUCAUAGUUGGAGAUCUUCAGCCUUUUCUAAAGUUGUAGUAAACGAAGAUCAAAGAAACCAAGAGAUUAGAAAAUGUAAUUCCUAUGAUUCUAACGAUCCUAAAGAUCCCAAAAUAUUCAAAAAUUCUGGUAAUUUUGGUCAUUUUGAAAAUCCAAAUAAUGAUUUAAAAGAGAAUGAGAACUUCUUGUUUAAAAUGGAUUUCAAAGCAUUGGAAUCUUCCACAAGUAGAUUUUUCAGAGAUAACAAAAAAAAUAUAAUUCAAGAAUUUGAGCUACUUUUAAACAAGAUUAAUGAAAAAUCAGUAUUCAAAUUUGAAUUCAAAUUAGAAAUAGAAAAUGGAAUCUUUGGAUUUACCAGUCAUCCUCAAAAGAAAAUCAAUGCUGAAAAGAUAGAGGAAUUAAAUGAUAAAUUAAUACUUAUUUGGGAAACUAAUAUUGAUUGUAGUAUAACUACUUACUAUAACGAAACAAUCAUUAGAAACUUAAAUCUACUAAAUAGCUUGGUGUACUUUACAGAGAUUCAAAGAGAUGAAUUCAAUACAGAAGAAUUAAAAAGUUCAAACUCAAAAUUAAACUUGAAAAACUUCUCAAAUAGUUUAUUAAAACCCAUUUUUAAAUUUGAUCAGAAUCAUUUAUAUUUACCAAUAACUUAUGAAAUACCCAGAAUUUUUCAAGACAAAAAAAAAAUUAUUAUUGCAGAAUCUUUUAAUAUAAUAACAAGUGGUAGGUAUUUAAGUAACAUCAAAGAUAUACCCGAAAUUUAUUCAACUAUAAUAUCUCUAAGUGAAUUGUUAUUCUUAAUCAAAAUUGAUGGUUUAAAAAUAUCAAUUUCUCCUAUUCUUUCAUCAAUUUUAUUAGAUAUUGCAAAGAAUCUCUUUUCUGAUGGUCCAAGUAUUUCUCCUCUAUAUACUUCUACUUUAAAAAGUGACUCGAUACCUGACAAAGACGAUGGGGGGCUAAUUAAACAAGAAUCUGAAGAUGACCUAGAGGAAAAUAAAUCUAGAAUCAAAACUUUGGGUCCUCCUCCAAUUAGAAGAAUUUAUGAUUUAAAAGUAAGCUUAGACAAUUUUUCUAUUAACUUAAUAAGUGAUCAUAAUGAAAAUAGAGGAAACGUGGAAAAAAGUAAUAGAAAGAAUGAUGAUCAUGAUUAUAAUUUUGAAAAUGAGUUUGGAUAUCUUCCAAUAUUAAAUCUAGAAAUGUCAAUACCUGAAUGGAGAAUUGAAAUCAUACCAAUAAAAACCAAUCAUACAAUUAAGGAUGCUAAUAUAAAGAUAAGUAUAUUGGAUAUAAAUAAUCAGAUUUUGGAACCAAUUUUGGAAAGAUGCCUAUUUUCUGUAUAUUAUUUUUAUGAUCAUUUAAUUCUUUAUGAUCCAUAUGUUAAACCUUUCAAGAAGUCACAUAGAAAGUAUCUUCACUUGACUUUCUCAAAAACUGUUUUAAUCAAUAUAAAACCAAGCAUUCUACAUGCUUUAAUGUCAUAUUUUAACUAUUAUUCUAGUUUUAAAGAUGAACAAGAUUCAAAUUUCACAUACAAUUCUCACAAAAGUUCAUACAAGGAUUAUUCUGAUUUAAGAAGUUUUAAUGAAAAACCUAAAAUCACUUCUAGUUAUCGUAAUAAACCAGUAAUUGAGUUAUCAAGCCUUUCAAAACCUAUGAUACAAGAAUCUGACCUUGAAAACUUCAGUGAUAUUUAUUUAGAAGGUACAAAAGCUGACUCUUUUAAGACAUGUAUCAAAUAUAUUAAUCUAACUGGCUUCCCAUAUUACUGUUUUAAUCUCAAGGGAAAGAAACUAGAAGAAAAUGAAAGAGAGUUUUACUUUGAACAACUUUUCAUCUUGUCUCCUUGUAACAAUUUGGAUGAUAUUAAGUUUAAGCUUGAUUCAAAUAUAGAUAUUGCUUCUUCUCAUGACCAAAAUCAGAACCAAGUCAAAUAUCAACCUUUUUCUGCUAACUCUUCCAUUUCCAUCAAUUACAUCAACAAUUGUAACUCCCAAAUUCCACUUCUUAAAGUUUCUCUUCCUAAUGAACUCUUUUGCAUAUUCUCAGCUCCAAUUGAUAUUGAUGUAUUAAGAAUUAAGAGAGAAUUCAAGAAUUUAGAUCUGGAAUUUAUUAUUCGAGUCUUGACAGUAUAUAAGUCUUAUAAUCUCGCUCAAAAUGUUCUUAAAUACUAUAAAGAUUUGGAGAAUCAUGAUGAUAUAUGUAAUAAAGUACUUGGACCUCUUCCUAGUGGUCUUAGUUUUACACAUUUUCAAAAUAAUAUUGUCUCAAGUGCAGGUAUCGAUACUAUUAUUCCAUUCCAUAAUUUAUACUAUCUUAAAGGCAAAAUCUCUAAAGAUAGUGAAACUUAUGCCAGAUUAUUUUCUGAUCUAAAACUUGAUUCUUACAUGUUAGGAGAAGAAGAAGCACCUGGUUUGGAAAAUGAGGAAUUUGAAAGAACUUUGGCAAGAUCUAAUGAAAUAGAUCCAAUUCACCAAGCUUCAUCGGCAAUAUUUACACCCUCUCUAAACAAAUCCUUCACUAAAUCAAUCUCAAAAUCUUUCUCUAGAUCAUCAAUCAAGUCUUUCCAAAAUGGAAUUAAAAAGAAUCUUGAAAAAAAACUUUUAAAGAAAGCUGGAAUUGGAAAAAGUGCAAUAGGAGGAUCUUCAAAAAAGUUUAUUUCAAAAGAAAAGAUUAAUAAUCCAAAUUACGUAUACAAAAAUAUUAUAGGAGAAGUAAUACCAAUCAAUUCUCAGGAGAAAUUAUUUUGCCUUAUUUCUAAUAAUAGAAUUGUAAAUAAGACAGGAAUUCCCUUAGAAGUUUGCUUUUUAAAUGAAAACAAUAUUCCAAUACAAUUAUUUGAUAUUUCUAAUGUAUCAGUAGAGAAAGAAUUAACAAAUUUAAUAUUAAAUCAAGAGGUACCUAAUAAUCAAUCUAAGUAUAAAAAUGUUAAUAGUUUUUCAAAAGAGCAAGAUUUUCUCCAACAAGAAGAAGCUAAAAAGUUAAAAGAAAAUUCAGAAUAUGUUACAGAUAAUCACUUAAGUUACAAUGAAACAAAGUCGAUACCUUUAUGGCUGAAUAAUACAGACAUUAUUAAUACAAUAUUAAACUCUAUGCAUCAAAUAUAUAAUGGAGAAAAUGAUACAACAGACAUUUUUGAACAUAAAAAUGAUAAUUUAAACCAAAGACUUAAACAGAAAAGAUUCUAUUACUCUUAUUUUCUGCCUAAUGAUUAUAUGAUGUCAGUUCCACAAAUUGCUCUACUAAAUAAUUACUGUAAAGUUAUUUUUAGGCCAUGCAUUAUUGGAUUUUUGGAGAUAUAUAAUAUCCAUUCUCAAUAUAAUAAUGACAAUGAUAUUGACCAGAUGCUCUUUGAUAAAGAGAUCUUUCUAAAAUAUUCAAAAUUAAUGAAUAAUUACAAUGAUGAAAAUAUACUCAAUGAAGAAUUUCACCAAAUUACAUAUGAACUUUUGAAGAUUUUCAAAACUUCUAAUGGAGAGUUUAUUCUUGACUUAUACUAUUCUUUUUGGAAUAAUUUAAUAAGCAGAUUUACAAAUCCAAGUAAUAAUAUGAUGGAUCUUUCAUAUCUUCAAUCUAGAGGAUGGACUCAUUCUCCUUUAGUAUCCAAUAAAAAUCUGAAUCUUUCUCAAACCCAUUUUUGUAACUUAUAUCCAGAUUUUAAGAAUAAUAAGAAAUCUGAAAGUCACUUUAAAGAGAAUGCAAUUUAUUUCCAGUCAUAUAUUCAAACUUAUCAAUCUUUAUUUCCAGGGAAUAUUCCAAUUAGAAAUAUUCUCUUAUAUCCAAGUUUUUCAUUCUUUAACUUAUCUCCAGCCAUAAUGGAUAUUAAGUUUAGAUCAUUAAAUCAGAAUCUCCUUCAUAAAUGCUCAAAUGUUUUGUUUAGGCUCAAACCAAUGCAUCAUUAUAAUAUAUACCAACUUUCUAAUGAAAUGAAAUUACAGUACAAAGUCAGAAUAAUGUUAGAAACUAACAGUUUAAAUGAGUUUGAGUUUAAUUCAGAAUCUGGUAGAACUGAACACUUAUUAUUCACACAAUGGUCAUCUCCUUUGGACUUGAAUAUGUCAGAAACUGAGACUCCUUUUACUUUAUAUUGUAAUAAUAACUCUUUAAUUGAUUUAAAAUGUACUAUAAUCGACAAAACCAAUAGAAAUUUGUCAGUUAAAAGCCAAUUUGGGUCUCUUUUUGGUAAAAUGCAAAAUAACAUUAUUGCUUUAAGUAUAAGCACUUGGUUUAUUAACAAGACCAAUCAUAAUGUGGUACCUAUUUUUGAGAAUUCACCUUUUCCUUAUAUAAACACAAAAUCUGGUAUUUUCUUUUUAAGUAAAUCUAAAAGUUUAAACUGUCAAAAUGAAGAUGAGCAAGAUGAAAAAAUGAUAUCAGGAGGGAAGAAUACUUCUUCUAUUUCUUCUUCAAACUUAAAUAGUAAACAGUUGAUGAAAAAUAAGCUUGAGGAUGAAGAAAAGAUCUUUCUUUUAAAUAAUAGACACAAUUAUCUAAAGAUAUAUUUUAAUUCAUAUGAUAAUUUAAAAGAAAAAUAUGGAAAUCUUGGGGAGAGAAUUAAUAAUGAGAUAUACCUUAAGGAGGAAAAGGAAAUUCUUGAGGUAAUAAACAGCAGUGAGACAAAUAUUUACAAUAGUGGAGGAAUUAAAAAUUAUGAUGAUUGUAGUUCCAAUAUAGGAUUACUAGAAAUUCCUCCAAUUAAUGGUACAUACUCAUUUCCCAUAGUAAAUGAAGGAAAGGUCUACUUUUUCACAGUUAAAAGUAGUCUUUUGUUUUACUAUAAUGAUUUUUCUUGCUCUAGCAAAGUCAUUACCAUUUCCCCUCACAUUAUUGUUCAGAACAAGACAGAAGAUCAGUUUAUUUGGAGUUCAUUUAUGUUCUCUUCAGGUUCUGAUAAUCUUGACAAGGCUGAUUCCAUAUCCCAAAUAGAUCCAAAUAUUCUCUUUAAUUCAAUGGAAAAGAACACCUCUAAUUAUACCAAUAUGGAACUAAGGAAACAUUUAGGUCCAAACAAGAAUGACUUUGUUACUUCAAUUAGAAUAGAAAAUCCAAUCAAUUCUUUAUCAUUUAACUCUAAUUCAAAUCAAUUCAGUAGCUUACAAGCUUCAAAAUCAAAGUCUGGGUCAGGAAUAAUACCGUUAUCGUCAGGAUCAGGAGGUAUAGAAUCAAGUAACUCAAGCAACUCAGAAAAUAAUAAAAGUAUGAUCAAGGACCAAAGUAUUCUUUUAUUUCUAAGUAGAUAUGUAUCAGAAGUAAACCAAGAAAGAGAGGAUAAAUUAAAUACUAUAGUUAAGAACCCAAAGUGGUCUCAACCCAUACUAAUUUCAUCAGAAAGUAACGGAAUAUUUUAUAUGCAUAUACCAAAAAUGUUUGGAAACCAAAUUCAAGACGGAAUAAUUGUGAAUCCAAAGACUUACUGUAUUGAGAUUAUAGCAUCAAAUGGUUUAUUUAUUUUAAAAAUAAUGAAGGACUUUUCUAUGAAUAAUAAAUGGGAUGGAGUUAUUUUUACCAAUUAUUGUGAUUAUUUAUCCAGGAUUUAUAUUGAGACUUACCAUUUUGAGCAUAAUUUUGAAGAAAGAAAGAAGAAAAGAAAACUUUCUUUGUUAUCAUCAGGAGGAAACCAUUUUUCACCAGGACUUUUAACUAUUGGGACAAAUACUGGUAGUAUGUUUUCUGAUCUAAAUGAUAACAUUACUAUUAGAUACAUAAUAAAUAGUGGAGAAAAAAAGCCUCUAAAAAUUUCUUGGUCAUCUCCUUUUGUGUAUAAUUCAAGGAACUGCAGAUUGUAUAUUAUUCCCAAACUAGAAGCUUCUGAAUCCAAGAAUCAAAUAGGAGGAGGAGGAGGAAGUUAUGGAACUUCUGGUAUAUUGGCAUUUGAUAUGAAUUUUAGAUAUAACCAAAAUAACCCAUACCAAUCAAAGAGGUACAUUUUAUCAUUACCAGAAUCAGACAUAAUUAAGCUAUGUACAAUGUAUCCAUAUUUGAAUUCUAGAUACUUUUUGAACAAGGAUGCAAAGAAAGGAAAUGGAAUGAAUAACUACCCAAUAGCUACUAUUUCUAUAACAGCCAGAAAUAAUGGUCUUUACAUAGAUAUACUUCCACCAAGAAACCACUCCUCCUUACUAUUAAAUCUACUUCGUAAUAACAACAGACCAAUUAGAAAUAAUGAUAAUGAAGAUGAUAGAAAAAAGAAUGAAAUAAGAAAUAAUUUGAAUAUAGAAAAGAUGCAUAUUGAAGAUUUAUACCAAAGAAGAAUGUAUGAAAUUAAUAAGUUUGUUAAUAAUGACGUGUGGUCACUCAUAUAUACAUACUAUAGAAAGAUUACUUUGGAUAUUUCCCAAUUGGGAAUAUCAGUAAUUUCAGAAAAUAGAGAAGCAGAAAUAAUAUACUUAGAGUUAAGUACAAUUCAGUUUAAGAAACAGGAAAAGAAUAGAAAUGGAAUUAUAGAAACUUAUAAGUUUAUAAUAGGUGAUGUACAGAUUGACAAUCAAUACAUUUCAUCAAAUUCAAAGUUUUAUGUAAACAAUUCAAGUAAAUUAUAUGGUUCAACAGAAAUAGAAGACCAAAAUUUGGAAGAUGGUAACAGUACAGAAUUAGAUAAUUCCAUUAUAGUAGGAUCUAAUGGAGUGGCUCCAUAUGUCCUUUUAGCAAAUAGAUCAAAUAGUGAGAAACCAAUAGAAGAUAUAAAUCCUUUUAUGACAGUUAAAUGGAGCUGUUCAAAUGCAAAGUCUCAAUGGGAAACAAUAAUUUACAACUUUGAUUGUGAGAUUAAUGAUUUGGAGCUGAAUUUUGACUUUAAUAUUUAUAGGAUUUUGAAUGAAUUUGUGGAAGAAUGUAGAUAUACAUUAAACAGGCAAUAUAUUUUGGACAUAAGAAGUAUUUUAUCUAAGGAUCAAGUUUUAGAAGGAGUUGAGCCAAAUAUGACAUUUUCAAUUGAAAAGAUAAAAAUUGGAGCUUUAAAUUUGUAUGUUUGGUGUUCCAUCCCUCUCUCUGAACUGAAUUAUAUCCCGGAAUGGUUUAGAAUUGGACUCAGAAUUUUAACAGUUUCAAAUGCUUUGGAGCUAAGAGGAGCUCCAAUUAAGCUAGAAUCACAUAAUUUGGAGAAUUCUAUUGGUACUAUUCAAAAUAUUGCAAAUGCUUUUUAUGAAUAUUAUAUGGCAGAACUACUUUGGAGAAUUGGUACUGUUUUAGGACAUAGUUCUUUUGUAAAUAUUCCACUUGUACCUUUACAAGUUGGGAAGAAUACUUUAAAUAUGGCAUUUUCUACAAUCUCUAUGGUGAAUUCAAAUAUUACUAACCUCCUUUCAAACUUAACAUUAGACACGGAAUAUAUAAAUUCAAGGCAGAGAGAAUUACUUUACAACAGCUCUUCAAUAUAUUCAGCAAAUUCCUUUGGAAAUGCUUCAAAAUUAAUACAAGGCCAAAAUUUUCAGCAAACUUCAAGCCUCCGUCAAGGUUUUGUGCAAGCUGGACAUAACCUUACACAAGGAAUACUUAGCCUUGGUAAUGUGAUCACAAAACCAAUAGAAGGAGCUCAAAAGAGUGGAUUUACAGGAUUUUGUACUGGACUUAUUAAGGGUGUAACUUCAUCAGUUGUGAGACCAAUUGACCAUAUUGGGCAAGCUCUAAAUAAUGUGAUAGAUGGAAUUCAAGCUGAAGUUAACAAACCACUUGGAGGAUAUAAAGAAAGAGUUUAUAGAAGAAGAAUACCUAGAAUGCUUUACUCUCAUUAUAGCAAGAUAGGAGAUUAUGAAAUUCAAGAUGCGUUACUUAGAGAUAUUAUUGGACCAAGAUUUGCUAGACAUCUUGACCAGUAUUUUAUUAUUCCAACGGAUCACUACUCUAUGCCUUUGAUUUUACUUAUUUUCCCAAAAACGAUUGUUCUUAUUAAAUUAAUGUCCAGCUUUUCAAUAGGGGACCUUACAGGGAACUCCUCAACAAGCUUUGGAAAUGGCUUUGUUAGAGGUGGGGGUAGUGCUAAUAAUGGAAACGGAAUUGGUGGAAUGAAUUCAAGUUUUGGAAUUGGGGCAUCAAGUGGAGUCGGAGUUGGUGGCAAGGUAACAGGAGAAGGGGCUGGAGCAGGAUUUUCUUCCUCUUCAAACUUCUCAUCAUCCGGAAGAAACUAUUUUUAUAAGUCUCAAAUAAUUUGGCUGGUAAAUAUCAGCAAUAUUAGAGAAGUCAAAGCAAGCUCUCACGGAAUCCUUAUUGAACUUUCUAACGAAAAAAGAGAUACUCUGCAAAUCCCAAUCUGUAAAUUUUCUUUAAUUAAGGAAAUUAUUGUUGCUUUAGACAACUCUCAAAAUAAUGCGUCUCCCCAUCUUAUAUUUAAGAAAUGA